CGACUCGAGCAAACAGGCAGUGUUCCGGUGCGUGGUUUAUUGGUAGCAAUAGCUGUGGAGAACGGGCACUGUGCCUCCCCCUGUUCGGUCCGUCCAUGCACGGCCGAGGCGUAGCAUUGAUACACUGUAUCUGAGCUGCGGGCAGUUUACUAUUGACCGUGUGUGAGACGUGAUAAGACGGGUGCGUGCGCGUUCGGGUUACUCGUAGUGGAUCCAGUGCCUUAAUGAGAUCAGACUAGCUAGCUAGGGACGGCAACAAGUUAUCUCUCGUCAUCAGUAAUUUCAAACAAGACUGUGCUAUAUUUCUGCAGAUGGUUGGUUAGAACUUAAAACAACAUUAUCACGUCUGGCAACAUAACAUAACCCGUUGGUUGGGAGAGUUUUGAGUUCAUGUCGAGCCAAUGUGGGCUUCAGAUCGAGAGCUAUUACCACAUUAAUUUGACUUGUUGAAUACUACAAUGUAUAGGACGUGAUUAAUGCCAUCAAAUUGUUUUUGGAACAACAAACGAACUAGCUCAAAAAGUGAACAUUUGGCGGUAGUGUGUCUGAACCUAUUCCACCAAGAUGGAGCCGGACAAACAAGUGACGUCAUUCUACGAGCAGCACCGGGCAUCGCUUCAUUACUGGUGGAGAGAUUUUAGCCUCUUGGAGUGCAUGAAGGACCUUCGGCAGUCGCGGAAACUUGUUCUGUUUAUUGUGUUCGUGGCGCUUCUACUGGACAACAUGUUGAUGACAGUAGUGGUGCCAAUCCUUCCAGACUUUAUUUUUGAACAAGAACACCCGGAGUACGUCAAUGGAAGACUCAAGCCAAGUGAAAAUAAUACAAGCUGUCUGGAACUAGCCGUGGGUUCAGUGUCAUCGGCAGACCCACUGUGGAUAGAAUGUAAUUUAAAUGGUACGGACGGCCCCUCGCCUACUAUGAGUGCAGCAGAGCAGUUGCAGUACAGCCUUCUUCUAAGACAUAUCAAUCUUAAAGUGGGCAUCUUAUUCGCCUCCAAGGCAAUAGUUCAACUUAUUUCCAAUCCUUUUGUCGGGCCUCUCACAAACAGAAUCGGCUACAGCAUACCGAUGUUUACUGGAUUCCUGAUCAUGUUUGCAUCUACAUUAGUGUUUGCUUUUGGGCAGUCUUUCUGGGUGAUGUUGACGGCCCGGAUGAUUCAGGGUGUGGGAUCAUCUUGCUCAUCGGUAGCGGGGAUGGGAAUGCUGGCUCAACGAUACCCUGGGUAUGAGGAAAGAGGGGCUGCCAUGGGGCAAGCCUUGGCUGGGUUAGCUUUUGGUGUGCUCAUUGGUCCACCUUUUGGAGGAGCCAUGUAUGAGUUUGUUGGGAAGGAGUCAGCUUUUCUGGUCUUAGCAGCGUUGGCUUUGGCCGACGGGCUGCUGCAGCUCCUUGUGCUUCAUCCGGGCGUGAGUAAAGAAGCUGAGAUGGAGGGGACGCCAUUGUUGACUCUCUUACGAGAUCCCUACAUUUUAAUAGCAGCAGGAGCCAUCACAUUCGGUAAUAUGGGUAUAGCCCUGCUGGAGCCAUCCUUGCCAUUGUGGAUGCUGGAACGUAUGCAUAACCCAUCAAAAUGGCAAAUCGGUGCUAUUUUUCUCCCAGCUGGUGUUUCAUAUUUGAUCAGUACCAACAUCUUUGGGCCACUUGGGCACAAAAUAGGAAGAUGGUUAACCUCGUUGCUUGGUAUGCUAUUGGCAGGCCUGGCUAUGUUUUUGAUUCCGUUCGGUACAGAAGUUGGUCACCUCAUAGCUCCGAAUUUCAUGCUAGGAUUUGCAGUGGGUAUGGUUGACGCGACCAUGAUGCCAAUCAUGGGUCAUCUUGUCGACAUUCGACACGUGUCGGUGUACGGCAGUAUAUACGCUAUUGCUGAUGUUGCGUUCUGCAUAGGUUUUGCAGUGGGGCCAUCGUUGAGUGCUGAGAUAGUUGAGUCUAUAGGAUUUCCAUGGUUGUUGAGGAUUGUAGCUAUUUUAAGCUUUGUUUACGCUCCAUUGUGCUUCUUCUUGAGAGAUCCACCAAGAAGAGAGGAUAAAAUAGGCAUUUUGAUGGAGGAGCGGUUACCAGUGUCCUACACGACACAUAAACAGACCGACUACCAGACAAUGGAAGAGGAUAGGGAGUAGAGAAUGACACUGGAAACAUCUUGCAGCAAACUCUGUAAUUUUUGUUGUUUUAAUUAUAAUAUGUGAGAAUUUUGACACGAUUUGUAGUUGUCAAAGACCAGUAUUCUCGCUUGGUGUAUCCCAACUAAUAUAUGAAAUAACCAACCUGUGAAAAUUUG